CGAGCCCAGACAACAAUCCAAAAUGGGUCUCUGGACUCACGCCAUCCCCGUCUGUCCGCCUGCUCUCAUCCGCACCCGACAUGCGCAGCGCCUGGAUCACGUUGGCCUGCCUCUUGGGGGCCUAUGUCGCCUUCUCGCGCUUUCGAGCCUGGCGGCGUCUAGCGCACGUUCCCGGCCCCAAGAUCGCCGGGUUCACUGAUCUGUGGCUGAUCUACAAGACAUGGCGGGGUUCCUUGUUUGAGGACCUCGGUGAAGUCUGCAAGCGACACGGACCCCUGGCACGCAUCGCGCCCAACCAUGUCGUCUGCGGCGAUCCUCGCGAGGUGCGACGCCUCUGGGCUGUCCGCUCGCAGUUUGACCGCGCUUCAUGGUACAAGGGCUUCCGCCUCGACCCGCCCAACGACUGCACGCUGUCCAUGUGUGAUGCCGACAUACACACGGCUCUGCGCGCAAAGCUCGCCCCUGGCUACGGCGGUAAGGAUAUCGUCGGUCUGCACGAGCACAUCGAUGAGGGCAUUGCACGCUUUGUCCAGCUUCUCGAGGACAAGUACCUCUCCACCCCAGACCAAGUGGUCAGCGUCGACUUUUCACGCAAGGUGCAGUACAUGACCCUGGACAUUAUCUCCAAAAUCGCCUUUGGCGGGGCGUUUGGAUUCAUGGACAAUGAUGCCGACUUUUUUCGCUACAUCAAGACCACCGAGGACACCAUACCGAUGAUGCAGAUGUUUGCCCUCAUCCCAUGGCUCGUGGACAUGCUCCAGGGCCCCCUGGGCAAGACCAUGAUGCCCACCGAGCGUGAUGCCUUUGGCCUCGGUCCCAUCAUGGCGACUGCCAAGAGGGUCGUUGCCGAGCGUUUCGGUGAGAAGAAGGUGGACAAACCCGACAUGCUGGGGUCCUUUGUGAGGCAUGGUCUGGACCAGAGGGAGGCAGAAUCCGAGUCCCUGGUCCAGAUCAUUGCGGGAUCAGACACGACGGCCACGGCGCUGCGCACCAUCAUGACCCAUGUCAUGACCAACCUGGACGUCUAUCGACGUCUGCAAGCCGAGAUCGACCAAGGCAUCGCGGAAGGCCGCAUCUCGACGCCCAUCACGGACGCCGAGGCGCGCAAGCUGCCGUAUCUGCAGGGCUGCAUCAAGGAGGGUUUCCGGAUCUGGCCCCCGAUCACUGGUGUGAUGCCUCGCAUUUCGGGCGAGGACGCCACGGUCUGCGGCGUGCAUAUCCCUGCCGGCACCAACGUCGCGUGGUCUGCCCAUGCUGCUCUGCGGGACAGGGAGGUCUUUGGCGCCGACGCAGACUUUUACCGUCCUGAUCGCUGGGUGCGCGCCACGGAGGAGCAGUACCGCUUAAUGGAUAACUGCGUGGACCUCUGCUUUGGUUCGGGACGUUGGGGCUGCCUGGGGCGUCCUGUCGCUACGAUUGAGCUCAACAAGAUGGUGCCCGAGCUGCUGAGACGUUUUGACUUUGCUGCACUGAACACGGAGCGGCCUAUUGUGAACAAGUUUCACGGCGUUCUCAUCCAGCAAGAUUUGAUCGUGCAGAUCACGAAGCGAGCUUGAUGUUUGGAAUACACGUGCAGCGAUGGUUUGUUAGUGCAGAUAGGCCUUACGACAGGAAGCAAUUAGCUCGGCAAAUGACAUUUGACUUUCUUUAAUGAAGACCCUGAAGUUCUGAACAGCACCACGGGAAUCUGGGAUCGAGCCAACAUUUCUGCUAAACUGUAGGGGCUGCCCAUUCAAUGCAUCAUGUGAACCCGAUCAGUGGGCGUUGGACCCAGCAUCAAUUCUCCUUAGCUCCGCCCUUCCCGCUGGACAGUCGGGCGACUGUGGAUUGAUUUGGGCCCCAUGACGCCAUCCCGACCAGGACAUGACUCUCACCAAGAAUCUGC